AUGGCCCGUUUUGCCGCCCCGCGAUUGAUCGUCUUCGUUCUAAUCACCGUACUCGCGCUCGCCAUGCUAAGCGUUGAUGCGCAUUACACUCAUGUCCUGAUCAAAGUACAGGGUAUGACCUUUAUUGAGGGAUUAGGCCUCGCUGGCGCCUUUCUCACCAUUGUCUCUAUGCCCAUUAUCAUAUUCUCGCCAGCGGGAUCCUUCCCGGCGUCGGUUUUGUUUGAGACUGUCUGGCUCUCUAACCUGUGGGUGUUUUGGCUCCUUACGGCAGCGAUCGCAUCUAGUACCCGAGCAUCAUUCAUGGAGCCGCUUGGCUCGAGGGGAUGUUCCCAACUCAACGGGGAACUGUUCACUUUAUGUGUGGAACUUCCAGCCAUAGAGGGCCUCGCCUAUGCAGUCUGGGUCUUGAGUGCGUAUGUUCUUUCGGCCUCAAUUCUUCCCAUUCCCCACUUUUCUACAACUCCCGUGCCAUGA